AUGUUGCGGCCGAUCAAGAAGCCACUGAUUAGAAACGAGCAGGCGGACGAAGCGGCUUACUUAGCACAGUUAGCCGCCCAGAGGAACGCCAGCGCCUUCUUCGAGAAAUACGAGCGGAGUGAACUCCAGGAACUGCUCACCACUUCUUUCUGCAGCUGGCUGGCUGCCAAAGACGACCUGCGCCAUCCCUUAGAGACCCCCAGUGGACUCAUGGCUCAGAUAAAAACUGUUUCUAUCCCGACGGUGAUCUUGCUCACACCAGUGGAGCCGGGAAUUGAUCUGGACGCGAAGGAGAUCCACCAGAUAGUUCGAGAGUUGGCGGUCGGGGUUUAUUGUCUGAACCAAAUCCCCUCGAUCAGUUUAGAUGCCAACUAUGACCAGAGCAUUUCUUGUUCGCUUCCUCCAGCCUAUUACGACACAAGAAUUGGUCAGAUGUUGAUCAAUGUCGACUACAUGCUAAAGGCUUUAUGGCAUGGGGCAUUCAUGCCCAAAGAGAAACGGGCGAGGUUCUCUGAACUGUGGCGCGCGAGCAUGGAUAUUGAUGUGGACGGGGCUCCCCAGACAGAGAAAACGGCCUGCGCAGAGUUUUGUUCCGCAGGACUAAUUGAUAUUUCAAGAGAUCCAGAUUUUAAGGGAAUCUACGAUGAAAACUUGAACGAAGAUCCAACAUACCAUCCUAACAGUGCAGAGGAGAAAGCCUUCUUUAUGCAGUUUGCAAACUAUAUACUGCUCAAAUUGGUGUUUGCUACCACUGAGAUUCAACAAAACGAUAACGUGUUCAAGUUCGAGGCGACGUACACCCUUUCAAAUGCCAUCAGGAUGUCAGACGACCGCCUGAAUACGGAUGGGUACAUGAGGCUGCAGCAGCGCCUUGCUCUUCAGCAAAAGCUUAUUAAAAAAUACCUCGAAAGAAAACUGGAAACCCGUAAAAACAUCAUCUACCUCAAACUGAUGAGCUUUCUCGUUCCCUUUAUGGCUGCCUUAAAAAGGAAAAACAAAAUCCCAAAUUUAAAUCGACUUCUUCAGCCAUACUCAGAUGACAAGGUUAAAACCGAACGUGAACUCCCCCCCAUAUUGCUUGGGCCAGAUUUUAAGUGCCAACACUUCACUUAUGCUCACAAUCAGUAUUUCCAUCUCCACGGGGGCAUUGAAUUUGAUAUCGGCACUCCUUCAGUGGAAGAGAUUCCCAAUGAGAUUAAGGUAUUUAUUCCAUAUUUUGAAAUAAUUUAGCAUGGGCACCUAACUACUGGGAUCCAGGAGGCACCCUACAGAGAACAUUAUCCUGUUCCCGUGAUGGAUUUUGAUGGCAAGAGCUACUAUGUAAUCUCCUUGGAGCUGGAGCCUUUUUAUCUGCUUUUAAAGACCCAGUGGUGGGGAGCCAUCAAUGAACUCAUAAUCACGCUUAAACCAAAAAGACUUCCAUUAACUGACAAUCAAGCCAUGGAGCUAUUCAAGAAGAAAUUUGGCUACAAGAAAGCAAUUAAAUGCAAGAGUCUGCCGUUUGGGAUGAAAUCUGCGGCCGAAAGAGGGUUAGCCGCUAUUUUCCUUACGUUCUGUCGCAAGACAGCUGUCUCUAGUCUUGGUCUAACGGACGACCACGGUUUUGCUCUGAUACACCAUGCUGCCAUCCACAACCACGUGUCAAUCAUCUGUCAGUUGGUGAAGUCGACUUUGACUAUCAAUCAGAGGCGCCACGUACCGUAUAGUCAAGGUCCCACUGCUUUGCACUUUGCAGCCCAGUGUUGCUCUCUGGAGGCUCUCCAUUUCCUCCUGGCCCUCAAGGCAGAUUACCGGCAGUCCGACAACCGCGGAUGGAUGCCCAUUCACUUUGCCGCCUAUUACGACAACAUCGGCUGCUUCACCAUUCUGUACCGAAAGAACCCGGACCUUCUAGAGGCGGAGACGCGGGCUGAAUAUCAGUCCACCCCGCUUUUACUUGCAGCUACAUCCGGAGCGUUAGAUACCAUUCAAUAUUUGUUUUCUCUCAACGUCAACUGGCUCAAACGAGAUAACGAAGGGAAUAACUUAAUUCAUUUGGCCGUGCUGAACUUCCAUACAGAAGUGCUGAAGCAUUUGAUUGAACUGAAUUUCACGGAUCUCCCGGUAUGGACAACGCUUGUUGGGAUGCUAGACUGUGACAAUUAUAAAAGGAAAGAAAUGGCGAUACGGUGCUUAGAGGUUCUUUGUCUUGCCAAAGAUGACUACUGGAAGUUCAUUCUGGAUGCAGCCAGAAAUGCCAACCUGCUGGCGCUGAGGGGACUGAGCGGCAGAGUCGAGGCGGCUGCGUUGUCGCCUCCCAGAAGCAUUAAAGGGGAGCGCCGCUGGACCCCACGCUAUUUGGGGAGAGUAGCGGCGCAGCAAGCGAGGUCCCACCAGUGGUACACAUCUGGGAACCAUGAACUUUCAAAGCAAUUAAAGGCGGUGGAUGCUUCCUGUAUCUCCAUCCAAUCAAGAUCCUCACGCCUGGACCAAGGACCCAUAAGCUGUAAUUCUUUGUGGCUGAGUGAAGGCAGGGGAGGGAUCAUGCCCAAGAGGAGUCAUAUCUUCUUUGUUAGAAACUAUUUUGCAGUUGGAGAAAUGCCCCCCAGAGACAACCCUCCCUGCCCCGAUAUGCCCCAGCCCUGCCCGACCGCGCGUGACUGCAAUGGGUGA